CGGGACAGAGCCUCAGCCUUCCUCCACUUCCUAAUUUCUCCGCCAUCCAGAUCUAUGUCUUGACAUUGAAUCUGAAUUUUGAGCUCUUAAUGGCGACGAGAAACCGCACUUUGCUCUAUAGGAAGUACAGAGAUGCAUUGAAGAGUGUUCGGGUUCCGUCGAGUUCUGCGGCCUCGACGAGUUCCGGCGGUGCUGGUGGUCCGGUGAUUGAAUUGGUCAGCACGUCGCUUCUGAAUCAGAAUCGUUCUUAUGCUCCGCUUAGUACCGAGGAUCCUGGUCAUUCAAGUAAGGGUCCACUUACUGUAGGACUGCCUCCAGCCUGGGUGGAUGUAUCUGAAGAAAUAUCAGCAAAUGUGCAACGUGCACGCACAAAAAUGGCAGAGCUGGCCAAAGCUCAUGCAAAGGCGUUAAUGCCAUCAUUUGGAGAUGGCAAGGAGGAACAACGAACCAUUGAAACUCUAACUCAUGAGAUAACUGACUUGAUAAAGCGAUCAGAGAGGCGACUGCAGAGACUUUCUGCUACCGGGCCUUCUGAGGAUUCCAGUGUGAGGAAGAACGUGCAGCGCUCUCUAGCUACUGACCUUCAGAACCUCUCUGUAGAGCUCCGCAAGAAACAAUCAAAUUAUUUGAAGCGACUUAGACAGCAAAAAGAGGGACAAGAUGGGGUGGAUCUAGAGAUCAACAUAAAUGGAAGUAAAUCCAGAUUUGAAGAUGAUGCUUUGGACAAUAUGGUAUUUAACGAGCACCAGAUGGCCAAGCUGAAAAAAAGUGAAGCAUUCACAGUAGAAAGAGAAAAGGAGAUCCAACAGGUUGUGGAAUCAGUAAACGAGCUUGCUCAAAUUAUGAAAGAUCUGUCUGUACUAGUAAUAGACCAGGGAACCAUUGUUGAUCGGAUAGACUACAACAUUCAGAAUGUUGCAACUACAGUUGAGGAUGGCCUUAAACAGUUGCAGAAGGCCGAGAGAACACAAAGGAAGGGGGGCAUGGUGAUGUGUGCGACGGUGCUUAUUAUCAUGUGCUUCGUUAUGCUGGUUCUCCUAAUCCUCAAGGAAAUAUUGUUGUGAUCCAUGGAGACUUGAUUCUUUUAUUAUGAUCACUUGUCAUUCGUGCGAUCCUCUCCACCGACACCACCCACUGCUUGAUUGGACCAUGAUUAUGCAGAGUUUGUUAGAGAAAACGAAAGACUAUCUCAAUUGUUAACCUUUAUUGCGGAUGGCGGCCGAGGGUGGGAGGAGGCACCGAUUACGUUGUUCUAACUUUGGUGGGAAUCUUUUUUCUUUUUUUUUUCCCCGCCUGAACUUUGGUGGGAUUCAUUAGGAGAGGGUACCGAUGACCCAAAGAUGUAUAGAGCGGCUGUAUUGAUUCUUUUUUUUUUUUAGCAGAAUAAUUAUUUGCUCUUUCAACCUUGUACUGAAUUCCAUUUUUUUGGUCGAUAUUUUAAUUUUCCUCGGCUGUUCUUUUUGGGUUCCGCACGCAUGCUUGCGCUUCAAGGGAAUGAGAAUUUGUGUUUGUACCAAAAUAUUGAUGGAAUA